ACCAAAUCUACAAGUUUUCGGAUAUAAAAGCAUCACUAGCAAGGAUAUGUUUUAAGACCCUAAAGAAAAGAUUAAGAAACAAAAAAAUAAUAAUGAAGUCGUUGAUUUGUCUCUCUUUCAUACUUGUCUCUCUGAUCUCCGCCGUGGAAGGCCAAUCUUCUAAUCGAAUCAACGUAUCGGAUAAGCGCGUCAUUGAGGUAGCCAAUUUUGUACUUUCCAGCAAGGGGAGACCCGAUCUUGUCUACGAGGUCGUCCAGGCUACCCGUCUACCUAAACUCGUAGGUGGCGAAAGUUACGACCUGGUCAUCUCAGCGAAGGAUAGCAAUGGUAAGACCAAGAAUUAUAGGGCCGUCGUAAGUAGAGUGCAUGCCGUGCCUCCUACCAUGACCCUUCUGUUCUUCGGCGAGGUGUAGAUGUUUUGGAUUUUGUAAAUCCUUCUGAGUUUUAUGAUUUAAGACAUUAAAUUAUGUAAUGUCAUUUUGUUGUUGUUAUUGAUAAUUAUGUUUUUAUUUAAAUACAAAUAAAUCGAAAUUGGGUUUUUGAGAUCAAUUUAGAAAUUUGUUACGUGGAGCUCUGACUCGAUCUGCAUUUGCCCUAUAUCCUGCUCCGUUUCGUAGACUAGUUGGCAAGAUAGGUCUCUUGAAUAUCUUCGUUCCAUCUUGAGAGGGACAAAAGUAUAUUACACGCUGGUUUGAUUUCAACUUGGUUUGAUUCGGUUAAUUUGUGAGCAAUUGGUAUUCGUUGUAAACGUUCAUAAAGCAAAUUUGCGUUCUGGUCGUGUUUACUAUCUUAUUGUCCUUCUCAAUUUGCUCCAAAAGCCAAUAGAAUCGUCUGGUUUCUGUCUCGUGAUGGGGUACGAUAGAAUAAGCGCACUGCCGGAUUGUUUGAUAACUCAGAUACUCUUAUGGCUUCCAACCAGAUAUUCUAUUAAGACAAGCGUUCUAUCGACCAGAUGGAGAAAUCUCUGGCUUGAUGUUCCAGGACUUGAAUUACACUCCAAUGACUUGGAUUGUUUCUCCAAAGUUGCCACUAACAACUUCGGUAACAGCUUUCUGAAGUUUAACAGUCAGACGCGCCUGCAAAAGUUCAAGAUCAACUAUGAUGAGUGUAACUCGUUAGUCUUUCCCUCUCAGAUCAGGGAGUGGAUCGUCACAGCUGUUGAUCAUCGAGGGAUUCAGCAUCUAGAUGCCGAGGACCAGAAUGCAAAGUUUUACUUUUGUUUCUUGCCAGUGAAUAUAUAUAACAGCAAGACAUUGGUAUCCUUGAAACUCCAACACGUAGUAGUGCCUCAGAAUCCAGAGCUUGUUUUUUCUCUACCUUGUCUCAAGAUCUUGCACCUAAAAAAAGUUCAUUACGGUAUAGGUGGCCGUUUAUUUUCGGAGAAGCUAAUCUCAGGCUGUCAGGUUCUUGAAGAACUUAAUUUGGUAAGGUAUCAAUACAGUUCAGUAGAAACCCUCCGUGUGAGGUCCCAGACUCUGAAGAUCUUCUGUUUAGCAUUUAUUACGGGAGAGAUUGAUACUAAAGAUUCGGUCGAGAUUGAUGCUCCAAGACUCAAGUAUAUGAGUUUUAGUGAUAGGAUUAUGGUGAAUAAUCUGAAUUCCCUGCUUAAGAUAGACAUCGAUACUGAUUUUAAUCUCAAUCACCCUUUGGUAUCCGAGGUUGUAAAUAAGGGAGAUCUUAUUUACGAGUUUCUCGAGGGUAUUGCUAGUGUGACACAUAUGAUCAUCUCUCAUCCUACUCUAGAGAUCCUUUAUCAUUAUUCUCAAGUAGGACAGUUUCCCCAAUUCUGUAACCUAUCUCAUUUGCAGGCUUCCUUCUCCACCUCAUCAUUACCACUGCUGUCAGUUUUUCUCGAGAGCUGCUCGAAUCUUAAAAGCCUCAUCUUGGACUUUUCUGUUUCAACGGAGCCGGAGCAGAAGAUGGAUCUCACCAAGGUGCCUCAGUGCUUAAUAUCGACUUUGGAGCGUGUUGAGAUUAACAAACUGAAUAUGUGGGAGGGACCUGGGAUGAGACUAGCGACUUAUUUUAUUAUGAAUUCAGCAGUCCUCAAGAAACUCGAUCUCAAUGAUUCUCAUCUGACUAAACAGGAAAUAGAUUUCUACAAUGGCCUUUUUAUAUUGGUAAGAAGUUCUCGAAAAUGUCAAGUUUGCUUUGAUGACGUGCCGUUGAUAAUGCUGGGGAGAAUCUGAGCAACAUCAGUUUGGAAUGUGCGUGUGUGUGUGUCUUUAUCUUAUAGAACACCGUUUUACGAUUUGACAUGUUCGUGGUUUAUGCUUUUCAUUGUGAGCUAUUUAUUUGACCAGUCUGGUUCU